AGGUCAGAUAUGAUCAGAGUCGUCUUGAUUUCUACGAUGAUGCUGGCCGUACUGGCCAGCGGAGGUAUGCAGGCUCCGGCAGCUGUCCCUCAAGCCCUUCGUCUUCGCGGUGGCAGUGCGGCUACGCAUGUUCGUGUAAAGAAGGCGGAGGAAUUUCUCAAGGUCUACUCAAAGAAAGAUCGACUUUCCACCACCCUGAGCGAUUUCUUGCGCGAGAAGGCGAUAGGGGGAGAUCCGACUAUGCGAGACCUCGAGGCGAUCUUCUCUGGGAUUCAGUCGGCAUGCAGAUCCAUCGCCGAUAUGGUCGGCAAGGCUGGUAUCCAGGACAUGACGGGCAUGGCUGGAACUGGUGAGAAUGUCCAGGGAGAGGAGCAGAAGAAGCUCGACAUCCUGUCAAACGAUGUGUUCAAGGACAAGCUCACGAAGAGUGGCUGCAUGGCUUACCUCGGGUCGGAAGAGGAGGAUGAGGCUAUCCGCAUUACGGGAAAGUUUGGCGGGGACUACAUUGCUGUGUUCGACCCUCUUGACGGUUCCUCGAACAUCGAUGCAGCGAUUAGCGUCGGAACCAUCUUCGGGAUCUACAAGGGCGCUAAGAAUGCCGAGGAAUUCCCUCUCAAGAAGGGAUCGGAGCAGGUGGCUGCGGGAUACUGCAUGUACAGCACGUGUACUAUCUUGAUGAUCACGAUUGGAGACGGAGUCAAUGGAUUUACCCUCGACUCGUCGUCGGGAGAGUUCGUCCUCACCCAUCCCAACGUCGCCAUGCCCAAGCGCGGCAAGAUCUACUCCUGCAACCAGGGAAACAUCCCUGCAUGGCCCGAGUCACUCAAAACCUACUUCGACAAGAUCUGCAGGGGUGAAGGAGAGUCGAAGACUAAGUACGGCCUCCGUUACAUCGGCUCCAUGGUCGGCGACAUGCACAGGACGCUGCUCUACGGAGGCUUAUUUUUGUAUCCUGCCGACGCAAAGAACAAGAACGGGAAGCUCCGCCUCCUCUAUGAGGCUAGCCCAAUGGCGAUGCUCGCUGAGCAGGCAGGCGGAAAGGCAUCGACAGGAAAGGAGCGGGUGCUGGACAUCGAGCCGCAGGAGCUGCAUCAGCGCGUCCCGAUCUUCAUCGGAUCAGCUGAUGACGUAGACGAAGCAUGCAAGUAUGCUUGAAGAAGAAGUGUACACCUGGCUUGAGAUCAACUUCAAAUUUCAGUGACAGUGAAAAUGUAGUAUGUCCGGUGACGUAAAUAUCAAGUGUUUAGCAGUGAACUACGAAAUACUG